AUGAGUGACGAGGAGAUCACUUACACAACUGUGAGUUUCCAUAAGUCUUCAGACUUGCAGAAUCGAGAAAGGGCUGAUGAGACCCAAGGGCCCAGAGAAGCUGGCCACGGAGAGAGUUCAGUUCCGUGGCAACUCAUUGCAAUACCUCUGGGAAUCCUUUGUUCCAUUCUGCUGGUGACAGUUGCAGUGUUGGUGACACACAUUUUUCAGUAUGUUCAAGAAAAACAUGAAUUGCAGAAAACUCUAAAUAAUCUCCAUCAAAAUACCAGCAUUAUGCAAAAUGACAAGUACUUAAAAGAAGAAACGUUGAAAAACAAGUCUAUAGAUUAUGAUGCCCUAAAACUUGAUCAGCAAACACUAAGAACACUGAACAGAUGCUACCAGGAAACUAAAUUUGUUUUAGAUUGCAAACGGCACAGAGGAAAACAUGUUGAAGGACACUGGUUCUGCUGUGGCAUAAAAUGUUAUUUCAUCAUGGGCAAUAAACACUGGGAUGAAUGUGAACAGACCUGCAGGGACUGCAGCUUAUCACUAUUGACGAUAGAUGAUGAUGAUGAACUGAAAUUCCUUCAGCUCCAAAUUAAGCCGAACAAUUACUGGAUUGGAUUAUCAUAUGACACAAGAAGAAGCAAAUGGCAAUGGAUUGACAAUAGCCCAUCUAAACUUGACUUGAACACAGUGAAAUUGAAUCAUAAUACUGGAAGAUGUGCAUUUUUAUCUAGAACAAGACUAGAUAAUGAUAACUGUAAUCAACUCUACCCCUGUAUCUGUGAGAAGAGACUGGAUAAAUUCCCUGGUUCAUACUGCAGCAAGAGCUAA